GACGAUGGUGAUGUUCAGGACACUCUGUGUGGGGUUUCUACUCAGCCUCCUACCCAAAGGGUGCAACUCACAGCUGAGUGUGUGUGGUGUGGCUAGUUUGAACAACAAGAUAGUGGGAGGACAGAAUGCUGCUGCAGGUUCUUGGCCUUGGCAAGUCAGCAUUCGUCUCACUGCCGAUAAUUUCCAUUUCUGUGGUGGAUCCCUCAUCAACAGUCGCUGGGUUCUGACAGCGGCACACUGCUUUGCAAAUACCAAAUAUACUGCCUCUCAAGUUAAUGUGUAUCUGGGUACAGAGACUCUGCAGGGAAACAACAUGAAUCAGGUGUUCAGAUCUGUCACAAGUGUGACCAUACACCCCAACUAUGAUGCAAAUACCAAUAACAACGACCUGGCUCUGCUUCAGCUGACUUCCACAGUGACCUUCACCCCUUACGUCACUCCUAUCUGUCUGGCUGCCUCUAAUAGCACCUUCUUCAAUGGGACCCUCUCCUGGGUCACUGGCUGGGGGAACAUCGCCACUGAAGUAAGUCUUCCAUCUCCUGGGUACCUACAGGAAGUACAAGUCCCAAUUAUUGGAAACAGGCAAUGUUUCUGCUUAUAUGGUGGAGGAAUCACAGGAAACAUGAUUUGUGCUGGAGCUUUACCAGGAGGGAAAGACUCGUGUCAGGGUGAUUCUGGAGGUCCAAUAGUCCUCAAACAAGGUUCUAUUUGGAUCCAGGCUGGGAUUGUAAGCUUUGGUAAUGGUUGUGCUCAGGCAAAUUACCCUGGUGUGUACACCAGAGUGUCUCAGUACCAGAACUGGAUCAACCAGGUGAUCACCAGCAACCAGCCAGGCUUCGUCACGUACACGUCCAUUGGCACCAACGCAGACCUGAAUGUGUCCUGCAGUAACCUGCCUCCUGCCACCACUGUUGUGACCACAACCACCAUGACCACCGCUCCACCUGUGGUAUGUGGCAAUGCCAACCUGAAUGACCUUUCGGGAGCGGGCACUGGCUUGGCGUCUGCUGGCAUGUGGCCGUGGAUGGCAAGUGUUCAGCGUAAUGGUACCCAUGUCUGCGGAGGAACGCUGAUCACUGCCCAGUUUGUCAUGAGCUCUGCUGACUGCUUCUCUGGCUCCACCAACGCUUCUGACUGGACCGUGAUCCUGGGCCGCCUCAUGCAGAACGGCAGCAACUCCAACGAGGUGUCCAUCAAAGUGGCAAACAUCACGUUCAGCAACACUUCACAAAACAACAUAGCAGUGCUGCAGCUGACCGUUAAACCAACGCUGUCCAACUACAUCCAGCCCAUAUGUGUGGACCAGGGCAGCAACAACUUUGCUGUGAACACUCAGUGCUGGGCAGCUGGCUGGGGCUCAGGAGGAGGAGCUCAACAAACUCUUCAGCAAAUCAACACUUCUAUCGUGAGCUGUGAUAGUGCAUCUGCAUCUACCAGCAUCUGCACACAAGCCUUUCCACUAGAACAGAGUGAAAGAGGAGGACCUCUGAUGUGUAAGGUUGGGGCGUCAUGGUUCCAGGCAGCGGUCCUGACUUUGCUCACUAGCACUGCUAACAGCACUAGCACCAACUCCAACAUCACCAACUCCAACAUCACCAACUCCAACAGCACCAACUCCAGCUCCAGCAAAAGCCUGCAGGUGGAUGUGGUUAAUCAGAAAUCAAGCAUAAUGACCUUCUCUAAAACCUCAGACUUCACCCCAUUCCUGCUGAAGACGGUGGGCUCCCUCCCAAGCACCACAUCUGCUACGACUACUAUGGCCACCACUACCAAGCCCAGUAAUGGUGCAGCCCAUCUGUUCCUCUCUGUUACAUCAGUCAUCCUACUCUCACUUCCUGCUAUCAUCCAAGUGUUGGGUUAAGAGCAAGAGCCUUUUAGCACACAUGUGUACACUCAAAGUAAAGUCAUGAAAAUAAAGCAUCAACCCUUACUUUUGUUAGUACAGAGGGUAUCUUGGGGACUACAACAUCAUUAUUUAUAUUAUACCAUCUCUAUUUUUGAGUGUUCAAAUAAAUCUAUAAAAUUUUGAAAUAUGGUUUGCUUUUGUGUUUAUCUUUGCACUAAAAUAACUAAUGGUUUGAUACUCUCUCUGUGCUAUGUAGCAUAUAAUUAUCAUAUUGAUGGCAUAUCAUUAUCAAUAGCAUUAUAGAUGCCUAUAUAUCAGUUGAAUGGUUUAAAUAACUUCUCAAUUAUGUAGAGAAACUUGAUUGGAAGUCAACAAAAAUAACUGGUCUUAGUAGUAAUUGAUAAAGAACAUGAAUUGAGCUAGAAAGUUAGCUAGACACCUAUCAGGGUAAAGAUGAGCUCUACAUUCUGUUCUUGAAGCCUGUUCUUAAUUAACAAGAGAAUUGGUUCAGUUAUUUUUUCCAGGAAUUGUUCACUUUUAACAUGCAUUCCACAUUCCACAUUUACUGAUGUUUUUGGCUUUAUUACAGUGCAAAUGUGCCCAUGUUUGCUCCAGAAAACAUGGAUCUAUUCCUUUGUACUCUCAUAGCCAUAUGUAUUUUUAAUUGUACAUUAUUGUUUACUUUUUUAAUAACUAUUUAAGUUAUUAUUUAACUAGCAAUUUCAGGCUUUGGACUUUCUAUUGCGAUGUUUAAUGUCUGCAAUUUUAUGUACAAGUUUAAUGAAGCUGUAUAUUUUGUGUUUAAAUAUAUAUUGUACACAAAUCACACAA